GCUCCCCUCUCUCUUUUUUUUUUCUUUUUUUUACUUGCUAACAGACAAGGUUAAAUUCUUAUUGGCUCAAUCAUGACAGAUACAUCUUCUCAACAUAUCUUGCACACAAAUGAUCCAUAUCCUAGUGCAAAUUCCGUCGUAAGUAAUACUUCUACCACUUAUAAAUCGACCCCAGUUCAUACCACCCCAACUCCCCAACAACAACAACAACAACAACAACAACAAUCUUCUCCUCCAUACGAGACUGGGAGACAGCAAUACUCACAUCCGUAUCCCAUGCAACCUCCAGGUGUUGUUUUACCUCCUACUUCUCCACAAGUCGCUUAUACCAAUCGACCUGCAGAAACAGCUCCUACCCCUAGCACUACAACUACUGCUACUGCAACUGUUGAACAAGUUGUAGAAGAACCACUCUAUGUAAACGCAAAACAAUACCAUCGAAUUCUUAAACGAAGAGCUGCAAGAGCAAGACUUGAAGAACUAAACCGAGUGGCUAAAGCUAGAAAACCAUACCUUCAUGAAAGUCGUCACAGACAUGCCAUGCGUCGCCCACGCGGUCCAGGUGGAAGAUUCCUAACUGCAGCUGAAGUGGCUGAGCUCGAAAAAGCCGGCAAACUACCUGAAGAAGGAACAAGCCCUUCAUUGCCCGCAGAGCAUCAACAGCCAAUGAAUUGGCCCCCAAUGCAAGCUUACAGUCAUUUAAAUAGUGAACAAGCCCCUCCUCCUCCUCCUCCUUCUCAACAACAAUUACCACAACAUUAAACACACACUUUUUAGACACACCC